AUGCGCGUGCACCUCCCCCAGACUAGAGUUUGUUGUCGAUACUCCGGUCGGCAGAACGCACCUUGCCAUCCGUUCCUAGGGUCUCGCCCACGUUUCUCUACCGUCGCCAGGUCCACACGCAGCAUCAUGUCGGUGCAGGAGUACAUUGAGAAGCACAGCCUGGAGAAGAAGGUGGAGGAGGUUCUAAACCUCUGCGUCAAGGAGAAGCCCGAUGAGCCCCUGUCCUUUAUGGCCAAGGCCCUGCAGCAGCUGUCGCCACCGGAGAUCGUCAAGGUGGUCGGGCGCCAGGUCAUCGACUCGCGCGGCAACCCCACUGUUGAGGCUGAUGUGUACACUCGUAAGGGCAUGUUCCGUGCCGCUGUCCCCAGCGGUGCUUCCACUGGCGUGCACGAGGCCGUCGAGCUUCGCGAUGGCGACAAGUCGAAGUACCUUGGCAAGAGCGUGAUGAAGGCUGUUGAGAACAUCAACACCAUCAUCGCCCCUGCUCUGAAGGGUAUGGACCCAGUUAAGCAGGCCGAGAUUGACAACAAGAUGAAGGAGCUCGAUGGCACGGACAACAAGGGCAAGCUGGGUGCCAACGCCAUCCUGGCUGUCUCCAUGGCCGUCUGCAAGGCCGGUGCCGCGGAGAAGGGUGUGCCGCUGUACAAGCACAUUGCCGACCUGGCGGGCAACACCAAGCUGAUCCUGCCCGUGCCCUCCUUCAACAUCAUCAACGGAGGCAGCCACGCCGGCAACGCACUGGCCAUGCAGGAGUUCAUGAUCCUGCCCGUUGGCGCCUCGAGCUUCGCUGAGGCCAUGCGCAUGGGCUGCGAGGUGUACCACCAGCUGAAGAGCCUCAUCAAGAGCAAGUACGGCCAGGACGCCUGCAACGUUGGCGAUGAGGGCGGCUUCGCUCCCAACAUCGGCUCCAACGAGGAGGGACUCAACCUGGUGAACGAGGCCAUUGAGAAGGCGGGAUACACCGGCAAGGUCAAGAUCGGCAUGGACGUCGCCUCCUCCGAGUUCUACACCGAGGACGGCAUGUACGACCUGGACUUCAAGAACCAGCCCAACGACGGCAGCCAGAAGAAGACCAAGGAGCAGAUGCUGGAGCUGUACAAGGAGUUCUGCCACAAGUACCCGGUCAUCUCCAUCGAGGACCCCUUCGAGCAGGACGACUGGGAGCCCGCCACCAAGCUGACCGCCGAGGGCAUCUGCCAGGUGGUGGGUGACGACAUCCUGGUCACCAACCCCACCCGCGUCAAGAAGGCCAUCGAGCAGAAGGCCGUCAACGCGCUGUUGCUCAAGGUGAACCAGAUCGGCACCAUCACCGAGUCCAUCGAGGCGGUGCGCAUCAGCAAGGAGGCCGGCUGGGGCGUCAUGACCAGCCACCGCUCCGGCGAGACUGAGGACGCCUUCAUCGCCGACCUGGCUGUGGGCCUGGCCUCCGGUCAGAUCAAGACCGGCGCCCCCUGCCGCUCGGAGCGCAACGCCAAGUACAACCAGCUGCUGCGCAUCGAGGAGGAGCUGGGCGAGGCGGCGGUCUACGCGGGCGAGCAGUGGCGCCACAUCGGCUGGUAAGCGGCCGGCCGGGCCCACAGCCGAUGUGCCGUGGAGCAACCUCUGCGGUGGCAGCAGCGGCGGCAGCAGCUGUCGUGGCCCCCUGGGUAGCGGCCUGGGUAGAGGUGGCCUAGGGUGUUGUCUUGGCCUGGGUAGCGCCGGGGGGCUGCCGCUGGAGGGUUGCGGUUGUGUGUGAGGUGGAGCUCGGAGAGCCGUGCCUUUCCGUGUUUUCAGGCGGCCCUGACCUCGCGUUUUUUGGGUUCUUGCGAGGGUGAAGCGGGGUCUGAGGACACUGCAGGCUCGCUGUGAAGAGGCUUGUUUGUUGCGUUGUCUUCUUGAAAGGUGUUGGGAGGCCGGAUGGGAUAUGGAUCGUCUGGCUGGUCUCGCGCCUGAGGCAGAAGAAGUAGAAGAAGAAGUUGUGCACGAUGCAACUCGAUGCGGUGUGCAUUAGCUGUAGGGUGGCUGCAUGGGCGUGCAAUGCCUUGCGAGUGCUCACAUUCUUUUCUUGUAAGCUGUGGGAGUCGCGUACUGUAGUGCAUGAGGUGGAUUGCAGGUGACGGCUGCAGUUUGGAUGCAGUUUGGAUGCAGCGCGUUGAGAUGCGUGGUUGUAACCCUUGUAAGGAGUGCCCCUCUUGUGCUGCAUGGCGGCAAGUCCACGCAUGUGCUGUGACGGUCGCCCACGCAUGGGCUCCAAAGCGACGAUCAUGUGACAUCUAUGGAUUGUAACAGUAAUUGUACAAUUCUACAGUGACAUGUAAUAUCACUCGUCAAACCAGG